AUGGCUCUAGGUACCACAUCCUCGAGCAGGAUUUGUGGGGGUCACUUGGUUACUAGGUUAGCCCUAUCUUUUGGGGUAGAUACUAGUGGGAUGGUCCUUAUAUCUAUCCAGGAGUUGGGUAUUACAGCCCUUGGGAAGAUGCGGAUACCUAGGCACGUGAAGCCUGAUCGUCCGGAGCCUACUCUUGGAGAUGUAAUGCGGGGUCUUACCAAUGUACAGGAUGAGCAUCAUUGCCUGAUGGUUUCGCUUGUCGCGAUGAUGCGACAUCUGGGGAUGGAUCAUCCGCCAUUUCCUAGUGCGGAUCCCGUUGUACCACCCCCUUCUCAGUCACGCAACAAUGGUUACGAUGGUGUCGGUCCUUCAAGCACGCAUCCUGGAGACACCGAUGAUGACGACGACGAUGACGACAACAAGGAGACCAAGACCAAGUCGGAGGGUAGUGAGGAGUAG